AUGACGCACGCGGACAAGACGACCCGCAGUCUCCAGGCAGCAGAGGCUGCAAAGGAGACGUUGCACGAUGAACGGGAGGAGCACGAGGAAAGGGCACCACAGAGCGUGGUUGCCAUUGUCGAAGGAGGAAGCCCUGUACUGACGAAAGCUGCGGAAGUAAAGGCUGAGGUCGCGGCGGAGGUGGAGAGUUUGGCGAAAGACAAGGGCCUGGUCGACGAGGCAACGGUCAAUAAGUUCAAGACGGCCGUGUCGGGUGAUGAUGGCUUUCUCAAUGCGGUGGCUACAGAUGAGCGGGCCAAAAGACUCAUGGCCGAGGGACAAACUGCCGAGGUCCCUGCAAAGGCUGAGACUGUGGGAACGAGUAAGGUCAAGGUCUUCGAGACCAAAGCUGAUGCACUGAAGGAAUCGAAAAAGUACACUGGAGAACCAUCCCGAUGGGACGAGACGCUGAAACAAUAUACGGCGUCCAGUGCGAGGAUCAAGAAGUUGGAAGACCGUAUCGUGCUUAAGGUGUUUCUAAUUACGCAGAUCAUUACGCUUUCAAUAAUCUUGGGCAUUGCUGCUAUAGCUUCCGCUUUUAAACAGCGCAACGAGGCACACUAG